AUGGCAUCGGAACCCUCGAGACCAGCUCUUCAAAGCUCCACCGUCUCACGCCCCGCCAGCAGCAGCAUCUCCAGCACUACCGAACGUCGUGUUAUUUGCGUCUUCUGCGGCUCCUCCUCCGGCACCUCUCCCACUCAUCUCGCCUCCGCCAAAUCCCUCGGCGAAACCUUCCACAAGCACAACAUCCACCUCGUCUACGGCGGCGGUACCGUCGGCAUGAUGGGCGAAAUCGCCCGCACGCUCGUCUCCCUCUCAGGCCCCGACUCCGUUUCCGGCAUAAUCCCCACGGCUCUCGUGCAAUUUGAACAAGAAGGCCGCCCGGGUACGGCAUCCGCACAUAACGGCUGCUCGAUCGACGAAAACGUGUACGGCCGCAUGACAGUUGUGGCGGACAUGCAUACACGCAAGCAGUUGAUGGCGAAGAAAGUCAUGGAGGGAGGGCCUGGGAGUGGGUUUGUUGCGUUAUCAGGGGGCUACGGGACAUUGGAGGAGUUGAUGGAGGUGAUUACAUGGAAUCAGCUUGGGAUACAUGGGAUGGGGAUUGUGGUGUACAAUGUAGAGGGGUAUUAUGAUGGGUUGAUACAAUGGGUGAGGACGGCGGUGAGCGCCGGGUUCAUCGCGCCGGGUAAUGCGGGAAUUUUGGUUGAGGCGCUGGAUGCGGAGGAGGUGGUUAGGGAGUUGAAGGAAUAUAAGGUAGCGGAAGGUAGAUUCAAAUUGGAUUGGGCUCAGAAGUGA